AUGCCUGUUCUUGUCGAGUUCGAGCCAGCUGAGCUCCUUUCUGGGGAGGACAAUCGCCUCAAACGCCAGGCUCACUGUAUGAAGGUGAAGUCCUGCGCGCCUCUCUGGGCGUAUAAGGUCACUCUCUUCCAGGGCGCCCACCAGAGCGAUCUGGACCCUAGACGGCAUAUCACGUUCAUGGCCUGGAACGAGAAAGGCGAACGCUUUGGACCGUUUCACGAGAGUUUCUCAUUCCAGCAAGAACAAGAGUUCAUCGCAAUGAUUGCCGACCGUCCUGCCCUGUCGCCAUCAUCCUCGUCGUCGUCCAGAUCCUCCAGCACGUCUUCGGGUACUGGAUCUUUCAUUGCAAGCGGAGCAGACCCAUCCACAAACCCCUUCGGCCCUGAUCCUCUCGCCAACGAGGAUGACGACAAGCCUUUUCAGCUUGUGACUCGCAAGCGGCGCAAGCCUAGCUAUUCGGCUGGGAAAGCUCAGCCUGUUGUUAAUACUCGUUUCUAG